GUGCACAGCCUUUCCCGUUCCUCUCCCUCAUCAUCAUCAUCAUCUCCGCUCUCCCUCACUUCACUUUCUCCGGUAUCCCUGAUUCCCCCUGCAUCUCAGAUCUGUCUAUAUAGGCCAUCGACAAAGACAAUCGAGCUCAGUGCUUAGGGACCUUUUCAGGUACUUUAGUCCCCACAUUCUCUCAUGUUUUCGUGUCCUGCUGCAUUGUUGCUUAAGCUUCUUAUUGACCAUAGAUACUAUCAACUCUGUAUACUCCUAUUGCAAUUAAUUCUAAAUUUCGGAAUCAAUUGCUUCAAAUCUUACUGCCUGUAUUAUUUACUAUCUCCCGUGAAAAAGAAGGCCCCGUGAAAAAGAAGGCCUACUCAAAAUACAUUAUUUAUUUAAGAAAAUCAAUAUCCUAUGUACAUAAAGAGUUGUGGUGUAGAAGUAUCCUGCAAAAUUUAUAGUUUAAUUUUUUUCUGACAGAAAAAGUGGAGCUGGAUUUGGAUUGGGUUUAAUUACUAAUAGUUAUUAAACCAACCUGUUUCUGAGGUUUUAAAAGUUCCUAUAAUGGAGUUUCACCAAACACAGAUUAGAUUGACUGUCAAUUUGUUUAAUUAGUGAACUUUCAAGGAUGCUAAUUAGUGUAUUCAUCUUUGUUGUAUUUGUAUGUGUUGUGUGUGAACAGUUAGUUUUGAAUACCUAUUCGUAAGAAUUAGUUAUAAAAAAAUAAACAAGUGUCAAAGUGAACAUGUUUAUGUUUAUGCAUUUCAGUAUAAAUUAUGUAUUUCCAUAACAAUUUGGAGAUCUAAUUUGUUGUGAGAAUUUGAUAUGUUUCUGCACUUUGUGUGUAUUUUUUAUAUGAAUUGUGACAACAGGUGUAUGAAAAUUGAAAACAGAUUUAACCGAUCCAAUCCAAACUGUAUUUAAAUGAUUUGGUUUGGAUUGGUUUUGAUAUUAGACUGAUCCAAACGAAACUGCAUGUACUUUUUAUGAUUGGUUUGGAUGAUCUUUGGCUUCAAAACUGAACCAAACUGCAUCACGAACACCCUUAAAACACACAUCCCUACCACUUCAUGUGUCUCACACACAAAAACACAUAACUCUCUCCUUCCUAAAGCUCCAACAACAACGAACUGAACCAAAUCAAACAAGGUGUGAGAGGAAGCCAAGAGAACACAUACAACCUAAUUGGUAAUUUUCAAUUCUUGAAGAAUCUGAAAACAGGAGGUGAUGUUUUAAUGGAGCAGAAUGAGAAUGGAAGCACUACGAGCAAGGAGGAACAGGAAGAGGCAUUGGUGGCUUUGAUCGAACAUCGUACCCACGAAGUAAAAAACUUCCGUCACCGCAUUGCUUAUUACAAAACUCAGCUUGAGGAAGCAGAGAAAAGGUUGCAAGAUUCUGAAUCCAAAUUGGCUCGCCUUCGAGGUCAAAGUAAUGCAGUGUUGGGUAAAAGUAGCUUAAAUGAUGGGAUUAAAAUUGUGAAGACAGAGUGCAGAUCAAACAGUCCCAUUGAUAGAAAUGAAGGUUCUUACAAAAACCAGAAUCAAUCUAAACCAGAACUUCUUAUUCCUUCAGUGAAUCCAAAAAUUUCACAACCUGUACUGUUGCAAAGGUCUUCUGCAAAAGCUUCAAUAAAUUCCAGUUCUGAAGCCAGUCCAGUGGUCCAUACUUCUCCAAUCACUGGUAGUAGCUCUAGGGCGAAAUCUGAUAAGUCUCAUAGUCAUAGACUUUCUUCUGAGCAGCAAAAAGUUGAAAUCAAGGACAAAGGAACAAAAAGAAAAUAUGAUCAAAAAGAGCACAAGGAAUUGAUUCCUUUAAUACGUAAGAGUUCUUCACCAAGCUUGUUACACUGUCAAACAAGCAAUCACAUCUCAAGCCAACACAAGAGGAAAUUGCGGAGUAUUGCUUUGUGUCCUGUGAAUGAUCAACUCUUUGUGACCAGUGCUUUGGAUGGGGCGGUCAACUUGUGGCAAAUUCAGUCUAAGGGAUCAGGAGCCUCUCUACUUAGUACUACUGAUUGUGUAUCUGCAAAGCAUAGGAGAUGGCCAGAAGAUUUAGCUUGGCACCCAGAAGGAAACAACAUAUUUUCAGUAUACAGUGCUGAUGGUGGAGAUUCUCAAGUAUCAGUUACAAAUCUGAAUAGAGGACAAGGGGGAGAUCGUGUAAAAUUCUUAGAGGACAAGCCACACGUUAAGGGAAUUAUCAAUGGCAUUGUUUUUAUGCCCUGGGAAAAUACAUGUUUUGUAACUGGCGGAAGUGACCAUGCUGUCAUACUUUGGAGUGAGCAAGAUGGUGAGAAUAAGUGGAAGCCAAAAGCAUUGCACAGGAAUCUUCAUUCUUCUGCUGUCAUGGGAGUUGCUGGUAUGCAGCAGAAGCAGAUAGUGCUCUCUGCUGGUGCAGACAGGAGAAUAUUUGGGUAUGAUGUUCGUGUAGGAAGAGCAGAUUUCAAGCAUCAGAUUGAUAGUAAAUGCAUGAGUGUCCUUCCCAAUCCAUGUGAUUUCAACUUAUUCAUGGUUCAAACAGGGACCCAUGAGAAGCAGCUUCGGUUAUUCGAUAUUCGGUUAAGGCAGACAGAACUACAUGCUUUUGGAUGGAAGCAAGAAAGUAGUGACUCUCAAUCCGCCCUCAUAAAUCAGGCUUGGUCUCCUGAUGGACUAUAUAUAACAUCCGGUUCAGCAGAUCCUGUGAUUCACAUAUUUGAUAUUAGGUAUAAUUCUCACAAGCCUGCCCAGUCCAUAAGAGCGCAUCAGAAACGUGUCUUCAGAGCCAUGUGGCUUCAGUCUGUUCCUCUUCUCAUUUCCAUAUCAUCUGAUCUAAACAUUGGAUUGCACAAGGUUUACUAGAACCUCUUGCCAAUGACCGAGACCAACUCUGCUCUCCACCCUUUUGUUGGUGCUGGGUAAUUGGUUUCUAUUUAAUCUUGGGAUUUCUGAGGAAAGAAUAUUAAAUUUUUUCAAUGUAUGACUUGUGGAAUUUUGGGGUUGCAAAGAGAGGAAUUUAAUUGGAAAAUAGUUCCAAAAAUUAGGAAAAUUUUGGUUGGGAAAGGCAUGCUCAGAUGCUGGCAAGUUGUAUUUUACUGAUAUUGUCAUUUAAAGCAGAAGAAAGUAUGAGCUAUGUCCUGCUUUUAUUUUUUAAAAAGGGGGCUAAAACCGUAAAAGAAGCUUUAUUUGUGUUUUUAU